GAGACAUCUGCUACAUACUGUCCUUUGGCCUGGCUGACCUCAUCGAAAUCCCCUCCUGUUCUAAUUCGCUGCCCACGGCCCUGCUGAUAAAAGGGAGGCUCAUCCCUGCUACAGGGAACUCUGUUUCCAUCCCCUGCAGCUCAGCUGCCUCCUUCUCUUGGGUCCUGCCAGCCAUGAAGCUUCUUUUCCUGUUGCUUGUCCUCCUCCUGGCCGCAGAGCCAGUGGCAUCAGCCAGACGUCAUGCUCUUCAAUGCAUGGGUAAGAGUGGAGUCUGUAGAAACUCCUGCAAAAAGGAUGAAAGGCCCUACUUCCAGUGCAAAAACUAUCAACCAUGUUGCCUCCAAUCCUACAUGAGGAUAAGCCUUUCUGGCGCAGAAGAAAAUAAUGACUGGUCCUAUGAGAAACGCUGGCCAAAAAUACCUUGAGUGAUGGUGAUCAUCAUUCUUAAGCUCUCUGGGAACCCAGACCUUAUGUCAACACCCCCCCCAUUAAAAUUCAUGCACUCUCCUA